AUCGUCUUGUUCUUCUUCUUCUUCUUCUUCGUCUUCUUCUUCGUCUUCUUCUUCGUCUUCUUCUUCGUCUUCUUCUUCUUUCUUCUCCACUGUGUCGGCUGUUGCUUGCCGAUCGACGUUGGUUUAACCUCGAAAGUCUAAAAGACCCGGACCAGGACUUGGUCUUCAAGCAGCAAAAAAACAACAACCUUCGUUUUAAACCGCCUUUUGGCUGAUGGAACAAAAAUGUCUCAACGCAAUUGCAGACGACCACUUCGCAAAAGGACCGCCUUGGCCACGUAUCUCUGAGCGAUCAUCGUACGUCUUUCCACUCUCAACCCCAUCUCUUUCCCCCCCCCUCUCCUGCCCCAGCCUGGGCUUGGCCGUCCCCAUGCAGUGGCUCGAGAAUUUCCCGGGCCUCGUCGGCUCGAGGAAGAGGGGCGAGAAACGGCCCCCCCCCGCAACCGCCCAGCGCCCAGCCGGUUGGCGUUCAACGGGUCGAGGGGAUUCUGGGUUCAAGCUGCUAGCUGCACCCCGCCAAGACAGAGAACGAAAGAAAAGAGAGGGAAAAAAUGAUGGGGGAGGGGAACAAGGGGGGAGUAGCGGGGUCCUCGCCAAGUUCCACAAUGGAGGAAGAGGGGAAAAAAAAAGGUCUGGACUCACUCAGUAAGCUUGUCUCUAGUAGCAAAGCAAACACCACGCUUGUCUGGGGUGUUGUACUUCACCGUCCGUCCGUCUCUCUCUCUCUCUCUCUCUCUCUCUCUCUCUCUACCCCCCGGGCGGCGGCUGUCACAAUGGGUGUCUCCCGAGAUUUUCAUCCCGUGACACGAUGCACUCGAAUCGGUCGUCACGCGAGCACAAGGUCGCCGUCCUCUCAAACACCGUCAUUCGGCGAGGUGGCCAGCAUGCAAGUGGCUCACAGCUUCGCCCGCCACGGAGGUCGAUAGUUCAUUCUUUUGAUGCUAUCGCCGGGUCCGUUGCAUUUGUCUCGACAAUAUAUGCAUAUAGACAGGUCCUCCAGCUUGAUAUUGCCCCUACAUGUCAGCUGUAGGCAGCCCCGUCGCGGGUGGCGCAGCAUCGCCUGAUAGGAGUUUGUCCAAUCAUCUAGUGGUAGGUAGAUCGGGGACAAUGGAGGCUGUGAGUCGCCGGGACGCCAUCGCUUACCUCACUCAAGGUCCUCUAGGCCGCGGUUGACCGGUCGGCCGGUGAGCAUUCUGGACACCUCACUUGGUCGGGCGGAUUCUGUCUGGCUGUGCUCAUGAUCUAUUCUUCCUAUCUGAGGUUGCUGACUGAACCAAAGCCCACUCGCUCCUCCUGCUGUGGUCAGCACACCGAUGUUUGAGACAUAAAUAGUCUAUACCGGGCUAUUUGCAAGUUGCUUACACAUAUGCAUGUCUUGACCUUUUCAUCCAACAGAAUAAUGCAAGGUCAACCAACUACCUUACACCGAGAGCGCCUUUGUCAGGAACAACUACGGCGUCCGCUCAGGAACAGGCACGUAGCCCGAGCCUCGUUGCUUACUUGACCCUUUUCUUCAACGCAGCCAUCUUGCCGUACGCUUGUCUCGAAACCUGUGGCCGCCGCCGCCGCCUCGGCUCCGCCAUGCAAGCCUCUCUGUUCCCGAACUUCUCGAUGGUUGUCAUGAGGUUGCUGUUUCUUCAAUGGCGUUCCAUUGUCUCUCUGCCUGUCAUCUCGUUCUGCAACUCUUACAUCUCUUUGACCAGAACAACUCUUUUUGUUUCCUCACGCAUAUCCGUCCUUCAACGCACCGUAACACCCACCCCCCUUCCCCUCCUUCUUGGGUUCGUUUUUGAUUGUCGUUUCUUGGCGAUUUGGGGAGAAGCUGGCCCCAGUGGGCUCUUUUCACCUCGAGAACCCUCGCCUAACUGGCCCAAUAGCUCACCGUCAUCAAACACCCUGGUCAGCUUGGCCCAGGGGCGUGGAACAUCUCUUCCCUUUGCCGUUCGCGUACCUCGUUCUCGCGGAGGGGAGGGGCAAACUGGGACUGGUACCCAGGGUCACCAGUCAUGCAGGCAUGGGCUUAUAGUACCGCCGUAUGGAUGUAUGGAGUGUAGCUCCAUCCGCCCCAUCUCCCUACACCUGACUUCCCCGUCCUUUGUAACUCCCAACCUCGCGAGAUGACGCCCGCUGAUGUACCAUGUUCCUCUCACCUUUGGACUCUGGGCACGUUUGCCCCGGGCUGUGCCAGGUGCCGGUGCUAGCCCAUGUGCUUCGAUCUGACAAGAUCUGCCCUGGAGAUCGAGGAAGGAAGAUAAAGAGGCGCCUCCCCCCCCGCGCUUCUGCACCUUCGUGAGAUGCUGUUUUCGUCUGCCUGAGCUCUAUCCUCUUUUCUGCUCAUCUCUCUAUAUCCCUCCUCCCUCUCCCCGUCACCCACUCGCUCAUCUCACUUACACCAAACCAAACAAAUCAUGAAGUCCUCUCUUCUCCUCCCCUUCGCCACCCUAGCGUCGGCCAUCUGCCACCACCGCACAUCCCUCUACGCCCGAAGCCACGGCCUGACGGCCCGCGAUGAGGGCGGUGUCGACGUCGCAACGUUCGACUACAACGACCUCACAGGGCCCCUCAACUGGCACGCCCACAGCAACCAGAGCAUAAAGUGCGCCACCGGCAGCCAGCAGAGCCCCAUCAACCUCAACGACACCUCGGCCACGCUCGUCCCCGGCACGAGCCUGGGCUUCGACGUGCCUGACCUGCUCGACGGCGCCGAAUUCGAGAACCUCGGCAGCACGCUCGAGGUCGUCGCCCAGAACGGCACCCUCACGAGGCACGGGAGGAAGUUCCACCUGAAGCAGUUCCACUUCCACACCCCGAGCGAGCACCGCGUCGAGAGCGAGUACUUCCCCAUGGAGGUGCACUUUGUCUUUGAGGCCGACGCCGAGCAGUUGAAGAACUCCUCGGGCCCCAGCAACUCCGUCCUCGGGUUCCUCAUCGAGGUCGACAACAGCGCCCCCUCGUCGUUCCUCAAGAACGUCUUCGCCCACCUCGACGAGGUCGAGGAGCCCGGCUCGCACGCCGAGACCGGCCCCCUCAGCUUCUGCGAGCUCCGCACCGUGCUCGAGCAUUCGGACGUGUACCAGUACGACGGCUCUCUGACGACGCCGCCCUGCUCCGAGGGCAUCGCCUGGAACGUCGUUGCCGAGCCGCUGCGCGUCGACGACGUCACCUACCGCGCCGCCAAGAAGAUCAUGAAGUUCAACGCCCGCUACACGCAGAACGUCCCUGGCCAGAGGAAUCUGCUGGAACACUCGAGGAUCACGCUCAACGCACUUUCCGCAUGAGGCGUCUUGGUUCUCUGGAGAUGAGUCGCUGACAUGGGGUGCCAAAGGCGCAGGGAUUUUUGGCUUGUGGAUCUUCCAGAGGCACGGAUUUUGUUUAUCUGGCGUUGGUGAGGGGGCAGCAUACGUACGAACCUGCAUACAUAGACGUGGGGAGGAACGAGUCAAAAGACAAAGAAGGGGGGCUGGUCGAGUUGAGUACAUAAUCUGCACAUAUGAGAUCAUAUCCCGAAAUGGAGAUGGAGCGAGGCGGAGAGAGAUUGGUUCGCAGUACCUGCCAUCUGCUAUCUGCUAUCUGGAGGAGCCAGGAGAGCAGACCCUCGGCAAACAUAGUAGAAUAAUCACAAAGACUUCCAAAUACGCACGAUAGUGUGAUCUAAUUGAUAUUAUCCAAGCCAAAUGGUAUCUAUCGUCCUACAAACGCCAUGGGCAUGUCUGUCAUCUGUCAUUCUCGACAGCUUGAGAAUCCACGGUACCGCAAGAUUGCGUGCCCAACCAUGCCAAGAGAAAAUCCCACCAUCCCAGAGCGCCUCCUUUCCCGGAUUGUCUUC